GUAGAGAUUUAAUCAAUAACUUAAACAUUUGAUUCGGUGAAUACUUUAAAUAGGGAAAGGUAGAAGAUAAAUCGAAAUUGUACACACAAGAGAGCAAUCUAGCAAUAGAGUCAACAACACUCAACAUCAAAACCAUAAAUAAAUAAAGGAACAUUAGCCGUCCAUGAAUUAACGCACACAAAAAACUAAAGAGGAGUCAAGAAACACAUACUUUUCCCGGGUGAAUGGUUCUCACUAGUACCUACAUAAUUGCUUUGAAGUUGACUUUCUAUAUAAUAGAGACAAAAGCGGUCCCUAGAGCUAACGUAACUAUAGUGUCGUGUUCUGUACCAACGCAUAGCUUGGCUUUUACUUUUGUCUAGCUAAGCUUAUCUACUUACAUUUCUUAAAUGUAUAAUCAUUUGCACUUUUAAUACGAAACGAAAUAACCAAAGCAAAUCAUUUCUUAAAUAUACAUAACAUUUGUUAAUUAACUCGAGAGGAGACAAGAACCCAAAAGCAUCUUGUAUCUUUACACAAGAACAUCAAUAUAAUGUUGUGAUAUAUAGGUCAUCCAAGCAUCUUGCUUAUGCCGAUAAUGCAAAACUGUGUCUGUAAUAACCGAGCAACAACUUUAACUAAGAGCACACAAACAUGAUUCAUGUAGCACAUAAAUAACAUAUUGUCAGUUAACGGAGACAAGACAUUCAAACAAAUCUUGUAUGUUUACCCCCCAAAAAAUAGUAAUUUAAUCUUAAAAAAUUAUAUCGUCUCAACACACAAGAACAUCAAUAUAUGUGGUACAGCUGAAAUGUCGUGAUAUAUAGGUCAUCCCCUGAUCCCCUAAGCAUAUAGAUAAACUGUGUAUUGUUUAUAUAACAAACAAAAGAACUAUAAAUAGUUUAUGAUUUGGACAUAAAAUAUAUUAGUUUACGGGAAUUACGUAAUAUGUCACAUAAGCCGUAAUUGACCACAUAACUAAUUUCGUGACACUAGUCUCUCUAUAUAUAAGUUUCUCAAUCUUUACUCCAUAAACCAUAUCUCUCUCUUUAUUCUUUAUUCAACAAAACUCUCUCGUGAGAUCCUAAUGGAUACACAUUCACUCAUCACCUCCGCGUUCCGAUGGCCGUCAAGUCGCCGGAAGGUCUAUAUUCGUCGGCGUAAGCCGCAAGUUGUACGUCUUGGCGGAAGAAACAGUGGGCCACGUGGGAGAUUCUCGCUCAAGAGGGUGGUGAGAAGGAUGAAGUUCAAGUGGCUGAGACUGUACUAUGUCAAGCUCGUGAAGAUGAUCAAAGGGUAUUAUCGUAACGUGGCGCAGGAGUUUGCUGACGCCGGAGCUGCAACUAUCCAGCAGCGGAUGACGGUGGAAACGGCUGCUUUUGCCGCUCCGGGCUUGGGGCUAUCUUUCUGUCCCGUGUCUGGUCAACGUUUUUUUCUUGUUUAGCUAAAAUUUUCAAGUUAAUUUUUAAUAGUUUUAAAGUAAUUAAUUACCUUUGUACUAUUUUUCGGAAUUUCCUAUUAUACUACUUUGAAUUUCUUAUGAAAAGUAGGUGUAGUAAAAUAAAUUUAUAUUUAACAGUUCUGUC